AUGACAUCAGUACGAUCAUCUCCUGAUACUCGUCUAGAAAACACUACAUUGAAAGAACAAAUUAAUAUUGAACGUAAAGAUUGGCCAUCGAAACGAGAACAAUAUAUAAUUUGUCAAAAACUUGGUGAAGGUGCUACGGGUUCCGUACAUGCAGCUGAAUGUUUAUCAUGUUUAAAUUCACGAAGAAAACGUGUGGCUAUCAAACGUAUACCCAUCAAAGAAAGUAUGUAUAUUGAUAUUGUACGUGAAAUUCAUAUUAUGGCUAAUUGUUCUCAAGAGAAUAUUGUCAAAUUUUAUACAUCAUUCGUAUAUAAAACAGAACUCUGGAUUGUUAUGCAAUUACUUGACGGUGGUUCAAUUCGACAAAUUAUUGAAAAACGAAUGAGCGAAAAACAUGAUUGGUAUUUAGGUGUUCUAGAGGAAAAAGAGAUAGCAACAAUAAUGCGUGAAAUAUUAAAAGGUUUAAAUUAUUUACAUUCACAAAAUUUAAUACAUCGAGAUAUUAAAGCUGGUAACAUCAUGUGUAAAGUAGAUGGAAGUAUACAAAUUGUCGAUUUUGGCGUUUCAGCUUUCAUUACAACAUCGUCAGCUACACAAAAACAAAUUGCACAUACCUUCGUUGGGACACCGUAUUGGAUGGCUCCUGAAAUGUUUAGUUCAAUUGGUUAUGAUAAUAAGGUCGAUAUUUGGGCAUUUGGUAUUGUUGGUAUCGAGUGUGCAACAGGUCAUCCACCCUAUCAUAAGAAAAGUGCUCAAGAAGUAUUUCGUGUCAUUAUUAAUCAAACGAAAGGUCCUACGCUUGAUUCAAACAGUGAUCGAGAAAAUCAAUAUUCAAAAUAUAGUCAAGAAUUUCGAAAUUUACUUAGUUUAACAUUGGAGCCAUUAGCAAUUAAAAGACCAUCGGCUACUGAAUUAUUAACUAUGGAUUUUUUUAAAUUAGCUCAAGAUAAAAAAUAUGUUAGUGAACAUUUGGCACUAAAAUUAACAAUUGAGUGUAUUGAACAACAAAUUGAUAUUGAUUUACAAUACGAUGAAUUCAAAGAUCGAUCUCAUGGUCUAAAUCGCGAUAAAAUGAUACCAGAAAAUACUUUAUUAGAAACGAUUCGGAAGUUUUUUCGUCCUACACAUCAACAAAAACAUAUUCGAGAUGAAACAAAAUCUAUUGGAGGUAAUGGCAAUGAUGGUUUCCGGGGGUUAAAUUUGAUCGAACCACCAUUAUCCAUAAAAUUGAAAAUUAAAGAACCAGGUCGACAAGCAUUUUCACUCAUCACAUUCCAAUAUCAACCAAAGGAAGAUCAUCCGAUAAUAGUGGCUCAAGAAUUGGUGACUGAACAACACAUUUAUGGACACGAUUAUAUACUUGUGGCAGCUAAUAUUGAUAAAGUGUUGACGUAUAGAGGGAAAACGAGAUUUGCUCUACAUAAAUUAGAUGGAAAAGAGAAAGAAGCACCAUCCUAUGCCGAAGUGUCAAUUGAAGAACCUGAGAAAGCGAACGACGACAAAAAUGGCAGUUCGAAAAAUGCAUCAAAUAGUGGUCUAAGAUCAACAAGUUCAUCGGAACAAGCGGGAAUAAAAGAAGAGACUUGA